AUGGCUGGCGCGAACCCAACCGCGCCCAACCCCUAUACUUCCAAGCAGCACCUGAUACAGUUACAUUACUUUUGCAACAUCGAUAUAAUGGUUAUAACUCACAAUAUAUCAUUGGAAUAUAAUGAUGCACACUAUCUCAAUUUUCCGUGUCGUACGCCUCAAUUUGACCGCUCGCCUGUCGUUGGUGGGUAUGACCUGACAGCGACCAUGGGGAAAUUAAUCCGUCUGGAACUGUUCAAUUUCAAAUCGUACAAAGGGCAUCAUACCCUUCUUUUCGGCGAUGCCUACUUCGCAUCGAUUAUUGGGCCAAAUGGCUCGGGAAAAUCGAAUUCGAUGGAUGCAAUUUCAUUCGUUCUGGGAAUCAAGUCAUCCCACCUUCGCUCAACGCAUCUACGCGACUUGGUUUACCGUGGGCGCGUGCUUCGUACAUCGACCAUCAAUGAUGAUGGCUCCGCUUCAAAUAAUAUCCAGAAUGGGGUAAACGGCGAUGGCGACGUAGAAUCAACUCAGGAUCCUGCUGAACGUAAUGACCCGAGGGUCGCAUGGGUAAUGGCCGUGUAUGAAGAUGACGCAGGGGAGGAACAGCAUUGGAAACGAUCAAUUACAAGCCAAGGAGUUAGCGAAUAUCGAAUCAACAAUCGCAUUGUAACCGCACAGCAAUACAACCAGUCUCUCGAGGAUGAAAAUAUUCUGAUCAAGGCUCGCAACUUCCUGGUGUUCCAAGGAGAUGUGGAAUCGAUUGCUUCUCAAUCACCGAGGGACCUGACUCGCCUGAUAGAGCAAAUCUCCGGAAGUCUCGAAUAUAAGGCAGAAUACGAAAGGCUGAAAGCGGAGCAAGAAGAAACAGCGGAAAUCCAAAACGCUCAGCUGAACCGCCGCAGGGGAAUCAACUCUGAAAUCAAACAGUAUCAGGAACAAAAGAGAGAAGCAGAAAAUUACGCAAGGAAGGCGGACGAACGCGAUCAGGCUAUCAUUACUCACAUACUUUGGAAGCUUUUCCACUUCCAGCGCCUAAUCGAAGAGUCAAGCGCGGAGAUACAGAAGCACCAAGUCGAGCUGAAGGAAUUCCGUCGCGGUGUAGAAAAAUACGGAAAAAAUCUCGAGGAGGCUAAAAAGGAACACGCUCGAGUCGGUAGAGACGUAGCAAAAGUGGAAAAGAGCAUCAAAUUGAAGGAAAAAGAUAUCGAAGAUACGACAAAUUCAUUAGUACCUGUCGACGAGAAAAUUGAAAUCUCAAAACAGAAAGUGGAGAGAUACGCAACUCGAAUUUCUGAAAUUGAGAAGGAAAGCAACGCCCAAUUGAAAACCGUCAGACAGCUUGAAAAAGACCUUAAAGUUGUCGAAAAAGCUCAAUCGCAAUGGGAGGAUGACUGGAUGAAAACCGCAAAUAAGAGAGGAAUUCAGCUCAGCAACUCUGACCUUCAAGAAUAUAACAAGCUCAGAGAGGACGUAAAUAAGCGCUCCUCUGCUGCCCAAAUAAAACUCGCCAAUUUAAAACGCCAGAGGAAAGCAGAUGCCGAAACAGUUAACAGUUUGAAGAGCAAUUUCGAAAGUACAGAGUGGCAGGUCAAAAAUCUCCAGUCCGAUGUCAACAAUAUGUUGGAGCGCAAAUCUAGUAUGGAAGAUGCUAUUGAUGCCACAUCUAAGGAAAUUAGCCAGAAGAAAAAGGAGCUCAAUAGUCUUACUUCUGAACGACUUCGUGUUGCACAGAUGCGGACCGAACUCGAGGAGAAACUUCAGGUCACUUUAAAGAAGCUUCUCGAAGCAGACGAUGGCCGCAAGCAAAGCGAGAAGGAGUUGCGUACCAAAGAACUGAUAUCAACUUUGAAGCGUAUAUUUCCUGGAGUGAAGGGUCGGAUCAGUGAGCUUUGCAAGCCCAAACAGAAAAAAUACCAAGACGCUGUCAGCACGGUCCUGGGCCGGCAUUUUGACUCUAUCGUAGUGGACAACGAGAAGACGGCGAAGGAGUGUAUCCAGCAUCUCCGGGACCAAAGGGCAGGCCAAGCAACCUUCAUCCCACUUGAAACAAUCCAGGUGAAAGCUUUGAAUUCGAACCUGAAAGGAAUGCAUCGGGGAAUGCGACCAGCCAUCGAAACCGUCGACUAUGACAAUUCCGUCUCACGAGCCAUUACAUAUGCCUGCGGCAACGCGAUUGUUUGUGAUGAUUUGGCCACUGCGAAGUAUCUUUGCUAUGAGAAAGGUGUCGAUGCCAAGGCGGUUACGCUUGAUGGGACGGUCAUCCACAAGGGUGGUCUCAUGACUGGUGGACGGGGCCCUGGCCAUCAACAAGCUAAACGAUGGGAAGAUACUGAUAUCACCAACUUGCAUAAGCUGAAAGAUAAGCUCAUUGCAGACCUGGGCAGCCUUCCUAAGGCUCAUCGCAAAGGUGCAGAGGAGGAGAAUCUCCAAGGCCAGUUGGCAGGACUAGAACAACGUCUGGCAUAUUCUCGAGAUGAACUAAAGGCUUUAAACAGAAAUAUUGAGAGCCGAUCCGGUGAGGUCCAGUUUUCUAAAAGCCAAAUGACGAGCAUCCAGCCUAAAUAUUUCGAGAAGAAGCGUGCUCUCGAAGCCCUAGACGAAUCUAUUAAAGAUGCCCAAAGCUCAGUUAGCGGGGUUGAAGAUGAAGUCUACCAAGCUUUCUGUCGUCGUCUAGGUUACAGCAAUAUCAGAGAAUAUGAAGCCCAACAAGGGUCGCUGCAACAAGAAGCAGCAGAGAAGAAGCUCGAGUUUACCACCCAAAAGAGCAAAAUCGAGAACCAACUCAGUUUUGAGAGGCAGCGAUUGCAAGCGACCGACGACCGUAUUGAAGGACUCCGUUCGCAGGCAGAGCGAGAUCGUGCUCUCAUCACUGAACUUGAGGCUGAGCGUAACGCUAUCAAGGAUCGGCUUGAUACGCUGAACGCUGAACUGGAGUUACUAGGCGAGGACCUCACGGAACAAAAGGAGGCCUACUCACAGUCCGCAGAACACCUGGCUACUCAGCGACAACAAGUUCAGAAACGUUCCAGGAAUAUCGAGACCACGCUCAAGGCCAUCAGUUCACUGGAUGGAGAGAGACAGCGUUAUGCUUCGGAUAAGUACACGCUUUUGCGCCGCUGCAAACUGGAAGAUAUCGAUAUCCCUCUCGUAAAAGGCUCCGUGCCGCUCUCUGCCCUCCCUAUCGAUGACCUAGUCCAAAAUGAUGAGGAUGCGAUGGAUGUAGACGAGGAUCCUAACUUGGGUAACUUCCAAGCUUCGGCUAUACACGAUUAUGGUAUCGAAGUUGAAUUCGAAAGCUUGGGCGAUUCGCUGAAGGAGGAUUCGGAUGACAAGGUGGAAGAGGAGCUUCAGGACCGGAUCAAAUCCCUCAACAGCGAACUGGACAAAAUGGCACCGAACAUGCGGGCCAUGGAACGACUAGAAGGCGUCGAGAACAAGCUUCGGAGCACCGAGAAGGACUUUGAAGAUGCGAGGAAACGUGCCAGAAAGGCCAAAGAGGACUUCGAGGCCGUGAUGCGGAAACGCUCAGAGCUUUUCAACAAAGCAUUCACGCAUAUUUCAGAGCAGAUCGAGCCCAUAUAUCGCGACCUAACCAAAACAGCUAGUUACCCCAUGGGUGGAAAAGCCUAUCUCGACAUUGAGGACUCCGAGGAACCCUACCUCGAUGGUAUCAAAUACCACGCGAUGCCGCCACUCAAACGGUUCAGAGACAUGGAACAUCUCUCUGGUGGGGAAAAGACCAUGGCAGCUCUUGCUCUUCUUUUUGCUGUACACUCCUACCAACCGUCACCCUUUUUCGUGCUCGACGAAGUUGAUGCUGCUCUCGACAAUACCAAUGUAGCACGGAUCGCCAACUACAUCCGCGACCAUGCUGCCCCUGGUAUGCAGUUUAUCGUCAUCAGCUUGAAGACAGGCCUCUUUCAGAACAGCGAAGCUUUGGUGGGCAUUUACAGGGACCAAACCGCCAAUAGCAGCAAGUGUUUGACUCUCGACCUUCGGAAAUAUCGAUGA